AUGCUUCCAAGUAAUACCAUCUUGGGGGUCUGUCUCAUAACUCAGUUAUGUGUUGGUGUCACAGGGAACUCAUUAUUGUUUAUUUUAUUCAUAUAUACUUUCUUCUUUAAGCCUCAUUUUAAGAAGUUGAUCGAUUCCAUUUCCAUGCACCUGACAAUAGUUAAUAUGCUGAUGAUCAUAUUCACGUUGCUAUCCCAUAUCAUGUCAUUCUUUGGAGUACCCAACUUUCUGAAUGAUGAUGGUUGUAGGGUAGUGUUAUUUAUAUUCAGAGUCAUGCGGGGUAUGUCCAUCAGUACCACUACUAUUCUGAGCACAUUUCAAGUCCUCACCAUCACUCCCAGUAAUUCUAGGUGGGCGUGGCUUAAGCCUAAACUCUCCAAGUUGACUUUGUCAUCCUUACUUUGCUCCUGGCUCAUUAACCUGCUCAUCUAAACAAAGAUGGUUCCAUUGGUAAUAGCCAAAACCAAUUCUACUCACUUUGGCAAUGGAUAUUUGGAUCCUUACUGUCAAAACAAGCACUUUGGGAAACAAAAUUUUGGGUCAUUUUUUUAUAUUAUAUUCACUCAUGAUCUCUUCUAUGUGGCCCUUAUGAUGUGGACCAGCCUUUACAUGGUAACUGUCCUCUACAGACACCGCAAGAGAGUCCAGCAUCUUCACAGCACAAGCCUCUCCAACCAGCCAUCUCCUGAACGCAGAGCCACUCACAACAUCUUGUUGCUGGUAAUCUGUUUUGUGCUCUUUUAUUGGUUGAACAAUUUCAUCACCCUUUCUGGUUUUUAUGUACAAGCAAAAAUUCCAAACUGGGAGGGAAUUAAUGCAAUUUUGGUAGCAUGCUACCCAACCAUCUGCCCUUUUUUACUAAUGAAGAAUAAUAAACUUGUUUUGCAAUUCACUUCCUCCUUUUCUGAAAAGAGGAUGACCUGCUUUCAAAGUGCACUCCGUGGCUGA